AUGGAAGAUCUUUGCGUUGACACCACAGAACAUGCCACAUUGGCUUUUGGGAGGAGGACCAGAUGUGCUCAUCAAUGUGAUUUGCCUUUGAGCGGCAGCAGGAGUCAAUUUCAGUUUGACAUACCUGUGGCAGAGUACCUUGAUGAAAGUCCGAUACAGUUUGGGCAAAUUAGCCCCAGUUCCAUCUCCCUCUCAUCUCAGGACUCUAUCCUUCCAACCAUCUCCUCGCCCAUUGGCCUUCCUCUUGAUUCCACUCAAUCUGUGCCUCUGCCCUUCCCUAUGGCUCAUGGUACCACCACCCUGGCUUUCAUAUUCCAGGGUGGUGUGCUCGCCGCAGCCGAUACCCGUUCCAGUUGUUCUGGGCUGGUGGCAUGUCCCGCCUCCCAGAAGAUCUUGCCCAUCCACAAUCACUUGGUGGGCACUACCUCAGGUACCUCAGCGGACUGUGCCCUUUGGAAGCGGAUUCUGGCUCGUGAACUGCGGCUUUACCAGCUCCGCCAUGGCAGGAGACUGUCCACCGGUGGAGCUGCAAAACUGCUUUCACACAUGCUUCACCCAUUUAAGGGAACUGAGCUGUGUGUGGCGGCCACUCUCUGUGGCUGGGAUGGAGGAGCGUCAGAUGAACUCCAUGACCAUGAAGGCACAGAGAUCCGUUUGGUGAAAACAGAAACAGAAACGGAGAGAAAUGGAGAAAAAGAUAACUCUGCUAAAGUUGAUCUGGAGAAAGUAUCACUUACAAUGGCACAGAGGAAGACUCAUCGUUUUCGCUCCACUAGUUAUGUGCAGAGGCGUUUUGUUGGUGAGAGACACGGGUCCUGUGGUCCCAGUCUGUACUAUGUCUGCAGUGAUGGUACUCGCCUGCAGGGAGAGCUCUUCUCCGUGGGCUCGGGAUCGCCCUAUGCCUACUCUGUGCUGGACCAGGAGGUGCAAUGGGGGCUGACUGUGGAAGAGGCUACUUCAGUUGCCAGAGAGGCUGUAUACAGAGCCACACAUAGGGAUGCAUACUCUGGGAACUGUGUCGACCUGUUUCAUGUCACCUCAAGAGGGUGGACUCGCAGAAACAGAGAGGAUCUGAAAGGGGAGUAUUACAGAGAGAAGGAGAAAGAGCGACACAAAAUGAAAGCCAGAAAGGAGAGAGAAGAAGGGGUGUGA